GUCUCUGACUAGUGACUAGUAGUGACCUAACCUAAUAAGUGUCAAGUGAUCAUAAUAUUUAUAUAUACACACAAUAAUAAUAAUAAUUUCAAUUUGAAAGUUUCUGACAAUUACUAUGUAAUGGCGUCUGAAAUACAUAGUGAUACGCUCACAUUCGAUAAAGCUCUCCGAAUUUUAUCCCCUACGUUGAAUGCUCAGAAUUUAUAUAAAUUGUUAACGUAUAUUAGGAAGUCUGUGGAAUGGCCGAAGCACAAGAGGAAUAUUUUGAAGAUUCAUAAGUCAGGAUGUAUAAAAAAAAUUUUAGGUUGUCUGACUUCUUCUCAAAGCAAUAUUAUUGCAGUUUCAUUAAGUAUUCUAGGAAACUGUUGUUUGGAACCCAAUUGUUCAAAUGAAGUGGCUUUCAUAGGAUUGAAUGAUCUACACAAUCUACUGCAGAGGUUUUCAAAAGAAGAUGGGGUCAAUGGAAGAGUGUUCAGAAUAAUUGGUAAUAUAUGCCAACAUUACAUAGCAGACUAUAUUUUGAAGACAAAGAGUCAUAUAUUAACCUAUAUUCUGAAUUUUAUUCAGAACUAUGUUGAUAACAAUUACACUAAAUUCAGUGAAGCAACCUUGCUGAUGGCUGUGAGAGCAACUAGCAAGUUCCUGAACCGCAAUUCAUUAUGCGCUCUAGUUGAUAAGUAUGACAUGUUGAAGCCAAUUGGGGCUCUCUUCAUCCAUUGUUGUAUUAGAUGGACCGCCGAGAAGAAAGAUAAAGCGAUACUGGAUCAAAUAAUAAAAUUUUUAUAUAUAUUAUCCAAAUACAAAUAUUCUCCCGGAAUAAGUCAGCUUAGGAAUACAUCCAAGGGAGAUGUCUUUAUGUACUUCAGCCAUGUUUUACCAGUAGCUCCUCAAAUGAUAGUCAAUAUAGUUAUGAAUUUCAUACCUGCCAGUACGCUGAAAUCCGAGUUACCUGUACCGGAUAUCACCGCCGGUUUUGUGAAAUUAUUGAAGGAAGCUUCAUCAAAUAAAGAUGCGAUCAAGAAGGAACACAAGGAUUAUAUCAAAUGCCUCUGCUUCCUAUUGGAUGCUCCAAUCAAUAGAGAUCCUGAAAGAUGUGAGGAUGCCAUUCCACAACUUAUUAGAACAUUGGAUGAUGUACAAGAUGAAAAUAAUGAUAUGAUUGAAAUAUCAUGCGUGAUUCUAGAAACUUUCGAAAGGUGUAUUUAUCAUCAAAAUAUAUUGAAGCAGCAGUUGAAACAUGAUAUAAUCGAAGUUCUCAUCAAUAAAUUGGAAAAGUUACUUGGAAGCCGAAAGUAUUUGAAAAUUAAACACAAACUAGAGAGGAAAAAGGAUAAUAAUGAUUCCAUAGCAUCAAACAGGAAGCGUUUUUGGGAUUCAUUACCAGAUUCAAGCGAUGAAGAAAUAGAUAUCCCAAAUAUUGCUUUACCCCCUUUCCGACCAUCAAGUCCUGGUACCGGUAGUGAGUCUGAAAUGAUCACAUCACCCUGGGCCUCGCCAAGAGCUCCUACACCACCAGGCGAAACCAGUACCUUCUAUCUUCAGGAGAGUGAUUCUGAAGACUACUCGCCAGUCUGCAGUGAAAAUGAAGAUAAUGAUUAUGAAGUACCACAAAUGAUUCAGGGAGAGAAUGAUGAUUUCAAUGAAAUUGGAAAGAAAUCGGAUACUUUCGAUAUUCUAGAGAAUAUUGAGAAAAUUUCCGAGGAAGAUUUGAAAUUUCGAUUGAUUUAUCAUUCUCUAUCACUCAUAAGGAUCUAUGGGAAUAUUUAUCCGUUACCCUCUCAGCUUUGCUCAGAUUCCCUAAUUAUGAUUCUGGUGAAAUGUGCUUGUUAUUUCGGCCGAGAAAGCAGAGCAACGACCCUCGCAAAAACUGUAAUUAUGAAAAUUUUAUCAGUUAACGAAAACCUUAUACCAAUGAUGCAGUCCGACGUGAUCUAUGCAAUAUUUUCUUUGAAUAAAACAGAUCAUGGCUCUGAUUGUGAAAUAUGCUCUCAUUUUCAACUGGUAGGCGAGCAAGUUUUAGGAAAAUUCACUGUUUUGAUAGAGUCUGGUUGUGGAAAAGGGGACAUCGCAAACAGAUUGAUAUGUGGAAAUGAAGAACAAAAGAAACAGAUUGCUAUGGCAAUUCCGUAUAUUGUGGGGUGCAAAACUACUUUGCAUACUUUGAUGAUAAAGUAUGAGGGUAUGAAGAUCUUAUCGGAUUGCUUGAAAGAUGAAAAGCUUAGAGAAAAAUGUCUCGAAGUAUUAUGUGUCCUGGAGAUAAAACAUUUAAAUAUGCUUAGUCCAUGCCAACGGGGAUUGUUCAAGGAAAAGAUGUUCAUCGGAAACUAUGAACUUCCAGAGGACUGUAAAAAUGUGGUGACCUUUGUGCUAGAUGAUAACUCAUGUUUGAGCGCAGACCGGGAUGCCCUAUGCGAAAAAUCUUAUUUUUUCAACACUCUACUGAAUGGUUCUUUCAAAGAAUCAAAUGAAGAAUAUGUGAAACUAAAGCAAACUAACUACCGUUCAUUGAAAUGCUUGGUAUAUCUAUUGAAUUGUGAUCUUGAUAUGGCCGAACCAAAAGACAUUCAGUUAGAAACUCAUAUUAUAUUGGAUAUAAUUACACUUUGUCAUCGAUAUUUAUUGGAUGAAUUGUGCCUUUAUCUCACUAUAUGUGUUAAGCAGUUUUGUCUGUCUGCAGAAAACAUACCAAUUAUUUACAAAUGGUCUCUAGAGUCUAACACUAAUAUCUUGCGGUUAGAAACUGUUACUUUUGCUUUGAAAGAAGCAGCAAAUCACUGUAAUAAAAUGAGUGUGUUUAUGAAACUUUUUGAUUUAGGUUUCACUGAAUUACUCGUUGAGGAUAUAGAGAAACUUAUCUCAAGUUACAUCUCUUCCUUUCGUCAUAAAAAGUAGUGACUGAAUAAAUGUUUUAUAAAAUUAUUAAAAAUAUGUGCCUAUAUAUUUAAAUACAAAUAUCUUUCUUUUUA